ACCGAAACAGCCUGGUGCCUAAGACUAAAUGUUCGUUCCGUCACGUUGCUUGUUAUGACCUGCAGAGGAAGCCGCGAUGGCCUUCCCGCGCAUGUGUCCUCCCAACUUCCUUCUCUCUAGUACCCUUCUCAUCCACCUGUCCUGAAGCUCUUUGUAUCGCGCGCGUCUGUUUCUUGUUCGAGAGUCAGUAUUGAGACAGUUCAGUGCUCCUUUAGAUCACCAUGUCGAAGCUCUUCGUAGGAGGUCUUGCCUGGCAUACCGAUGAUGCGACUCUGCGCCAGAAGUUCGAGGAGUUCGGCCAAGUCGAAGAGGCCGUCGUCGUCAAGGACCGCGACACUGGCCGCAGCAGAGGCUUCGGUUUCGUCCGCUUCGCCUCCGACGCUGAGGCUGACACUGCUAUGCAGAACAUGAACAACGUCGAAUUCGAUGGACGCACUGUCCGCGUCGACAAGGCCUCUGACCGCGCUGGCGGCGGUGGUGGCUACAACGGCGGCGGUGGUGGUCGCGGCUAUGGUGGUCAGGGCAGCGGCGGCCAUGGUAAAUCCUCACGCGAACCCCCCUCGACGACUUACGGCGGUGUGCUUUACAACAUAUUGCGCUGUAGAUCUGAUGUUGGGGUUGAGGAAUCUGUUGCCUCUGGUCUUCGAUAGAGGCGAUCGUUCGAGCUCUGGUAGACGCCUUUUCUGACUAGGAUGGGUGCUGGUGGCCCAAUGUGCUUCUCAAGCUUCUUGUACAAGGAUCCUAAAGGUUGC